AUGGCUCCCCCGCCCUCUCCCCGGGAGACCAGACGGUCAGGACGUCGCUCAGCACAGUCUGGCUCUACUGGCUCGUCCAAAUCUCCAGAUUCAGAAACUGUUCCUCGUUCGAAAGACGGGUCGCAGCGUCCAUCCCUUUCGACACAUAACAGCAGCAGCAGAACCAAGCGCCUCAAGCAGGAAGAGGCAGAUGACGCUGUCAAUGAGCGAAAGAACGGCCAUGCUGGGUCUACAAGCUCGUCAAGCUCGACCCAGGGUGCAUCCAAUGGUCGCUCGCGACGUAAACCAAAGGACAAGGAUAAGGACAUCCCCGUAGAGGAUUCUGCUGAUACCAUCACCGAGGAACCCCUACAAGAAGCAGGAGAGGAGGAAGAGGAGCAGGGCAUUACACGCUGUGUCUGUGGUAGCACUGGCGAAGAUGACCCCGAUGCUGGAGAGUUCAUGGUCCAAUGCGAGACAUGCAAAGUUUGGCAGCACGGUCUGUGUAUGGGUUACGAAUCGGAAGAUCAGCUCCAGAACGACGACUACUAUUGCGAGCUAUGCAGACCCGAUCUUCAUGCCGACCUCCUCAAGAAAAAACCUCGCAAGGUCCGACAAUCCUCCACAGCCUCCCACCAUACCGUGGUCGGGAAUCGUUUGUCCCGCUCAAGGUCUCCUUCCCAUACCCUGAAGCAGCAAUCCAAACGGCGGAAUACCAUGAAUAGCCGAGAUGCUGCAUUCGACGAGAAUCUGAAGGAGAUAUUAGAAACAACCGCCGCAGAGGCUGAUGCCGUAUACGACACCAAAAGUAUCCACUCCAACACAAAUGAGGACGAGGAGGUGGAUGUGGGUACUACAAACCGUAGAAAGCGCAAACGCAAAGAGGACGACGCCCCUCCCAACAAGCGAACGCGAUCAACGUCGAUAGUAUCAGAUCGGCGAGCGGCGUCAGUUAUUGCGCGGGACGAAACACCUAUUCAGAGUGCACCCGUCAAAACACCUGCAUUGUCGGCACCCCAACCGAAAGCUCGUGGCAAACGCGGGGGUCGCAAAGCGGCAGCGCAUACCGAGCUUGUGGUCAAUGAAAACGGAGAAGGUAUGAUCUCUUCUCGGUUACCCAAAACUAUCAGAUAUUCAUCAGUUACCACAGUUGUCGCACCUCCAGCGAAACGGCAGGGUGGUGGUGGCCGGGGGAAAGGCGCGCAUGCCAGGAAGAUUCAAAAUGCAUCCACAGCCCCUGCGAGUGCUGCACACGACGGUCGUCGCAACCAGGCCAAUGGACCCAAUGGUGCUGGUGGGCCGUCUGCCGCCGGGGAGGGCUCACGUGCAUACCGCAACUCGCAUGCUUAUGUCGUAUCCCAACAGCCCUUGCUGACUUCAUGGGGUUUACCAGAUUAUCUGGCACAUCUAGAGGAGAUCUUCCCUACGCCGACGCCUACACCUUUGGAUGUACCGUCUAGCGGCGACAACGGGAUUGAAAUCAAUCAGGAGAGAGGUGUGAAGACGAAGUGGCCUGGAAAGAGGAUGAGUGUAGGUGACAUGAAUAAAAGAGUACGGACUCUGGUAGAGUGGGUGGGCAGAGAGCAGGCUAGUGCGCAGGACCGGAUGCGCCGUCGCGACGCUCUGGAGAAGGCUCUCAAGGAAGUGCAAGCCGUGGAAGAGAAUGUUCAGAUACGCGAUGAGCCGGUCAAGGAUGAUGCUUCAAUGUUCUUGGAUGGGCAGCCACGAACAGAAUCGCCUUUACAGCAACGGCCUAACUCGGCAACGCCACAAGUUCCCAUCUUGGGGUCGAAAGCAUCUUCCAUAUUUUUCAGUUCUUCAUCGUCCGAUACGAUGAAACAGAUGGAAGGACUAAUGGAGGAGUUGAUUAGAUUCCAAGAGCGGUUUGGACGAGGCAGGCACUAG